GCGUGGCCAAUGGUUCGUUCGAGGAGUUGUUGCUCUAAAAACAUGGACCAAAAGAUUACAUAUGAUGACUAUCAACUGCCAGUAGUCUUUCUUCCGUCCUAUGAAAACCCACCUGCGUGGAUCCCUGCACAGGAGAGGAUACAUAACCCUGACUAUAACAACGAGCUCACUCAGUUCCUGCCUCGCACUGUAGUCUUAAAAAAGCCUCCUGGUGCACAACUGGGCUUCAAUAUCCGUGGUGGAAAGGCCUCACAGCUUGGUAUAUUUAUUUCUAAGGUGGUGCCAGAUUCUGAUGCUCAUCGGGCCGGGCUUCAAGAGGGUGAUCAGGUGCUUUCUGUCAAUGAUGUGGAUUUUCAAGACAUAGAACAUUCAAGGGCUGUGGAGAUUCUAAAGACAGCAAGAGAGAUUUUAAUGAAUGUUCACUACUUCCCUUAUAAUUACCAGAGGCAGAAGGAGAGGACUGUCCACUAGGUGGCAGAGCUGAGCUUCAUGUAGGAACAAGUGGAAUGACGCAGCGGAGGCGUUGGUGUGUCCACAGAACAUUCACUGCAUUAUUUUCCUCCCACUUUUUACAUUUGCUCACUAAAACACUGUUCAAAGAAAUAAUCUCCAAACACUCAAGGACUCGUCUGAUGAUUCAGUGCUUCUUCAACUGUUUUCGGGCGUCUGUUUUCUAAAUAAGCCAGCUGUAGGUCCGUACAUGGCUUUUAACAGAGUCUGUACCUAUAUGUCGAAGCCAUCUCCGUGAAGUUGGCACCCCAUAUAAUUAAAUAAUUGCCAAAUCUAUACCAUUCAUUUGUGUUGAUUUGUGCCACAAAAAUUAACGUUUGUGCUGGUUCGGUGUUUGAGAUAUUAGACAUUAUUGUGUGGCUGUGUGGCAUCACUGUCCACCCCAUGUGGUCCAAAUCAUUCCAAAUCUGUGCCAUUAAUUUGAGCUCGAUUUGUGCCAUUAAAAGAAACCUCAUAACGGUUCCUUUCUUUGUAUUUAACAAGACAGCUUUUGGGAACCGUGAAAUCACACAGGCUAAACCCCAUGUCAGUCUCACCUGUCUCCAUCGUUUGUGCUGAAGCAUACAUUUUUGGCAAAGAUUUAAUCUUUCACCACAUCAUACUCCAAAUGCAAAUUGCUGCACCAAAAUUACACAACGUAGAUGUCUCAACUCGAGACGUACAUUUAACAGUUUGUUAUUUUUAACAUGAUAUGACAUCUAAAAAUGCAAACAAGCCAUCAAAGAUGUCCAUCUAGCGCAUGUUUACAUUUAAAUCAAUUAUAAAACAGUGCGGACGGACACAAAAAUGAGCUCAGUGUGAACGGCCCCUCAGUGUAAGACUGGAACUCUGUAGAAGUUUGAUCACACUUGCCUAUUCUCUAUUAUGUGUUACUGCACAUUUUAGAUUUUAGAGUAUAACAUUAUAAACUAAGUUACACAAAAGUAUGGAAAUUAUGCAGUGACCAAAACAAAUUAAAUCAGAAACAUCUUCUAUUUGAACUUCUUCAGUGUAGCCUUUCAUCUAUUCCAGCUCUGCACACAGUUCAAUCAACUUCAGGUGUAUCCUGGGAUGCUUUUUAAACAGUAUUGAAUAAUUUCAUAUGCUGGACACUUGUUGGCUACUUUUAUUAAAAAAUUAAAAUAAAAUAAAAUAUUCGUAUAGACAUCUAUAAUUAGGCACAAUUUAUUUUUGAGUACAGAAAUAAUCCCAAACAUUUGACCAUAAGGCUUUAAAUCAAAAGGUUUUAAGAUUAUGAGAAACAAACUUAGUGUCCUUUGGACUGGUAAUAAAGGCUAUAUUUAUAAGUUCUUGAUAUUAAUUUUAUUUACUAACUUUUACUAUUUUUUUAUUUGAUUUGUAUUGUAUCUUGCUAUGUUUUGCUAUUGCUGUAGAUAAAUCUAGGAUAACUGAGUUUCAGGUUUUUAGUUUAAGUUUUUAAGCUUAAAGUAACCAUUUAAAGUGAUUUUUAUUUAGAAAUUUUGCCAAACAAUUUGGUCAAAUUAGCUUCAGAAAAAGUGACUUUAGCUGAAAGGUGAGUAGUUUGCAUCCCUGGUUUAAAUAUCAGACAAAAUCUGAUAUUUCCUGACAGAGAGAUGUGUUUGAUGUGGUGAUAGAUUAAAUCUUUGCCAAAAAGUAAUGCUUCAACGAUACCAAACAAGGCACAAACUAGAAGCGAGCACAAACGAUGGAGACAGGUGAGAGUGAUUGACAUGGGGUUUAGCCUGCACGAUUUCACGGCUCCCAAAAACUGCCUUGUUAAAUACAAAGAAAAGAAACGUUAUGAUGUUUCUUUUAAUGGCACAAACGAACGGCACCGGUUUGGAGCAAUUUGGACCACAUGGGGUGGAAAGUGAUGCCACACAGCCAAAAAAAUUAUGUCUAAUAUCUCAAACACUGAACCAGCACAAACAUAAAUUUUUGAGGCACAAAUGAGCACAAACGAAUGGUAUAGAUUUGGUAAUGAUUUAAUUAUAUGGGGUGCCAACUUCAUGGAGGUGUCAAACCUAUGGCCUAGCAGUUGGCACAAAUGCUUCAAUGUUGAGAUGCUUACGCUGGUGAUGCAAGUUUGAAUGCAGUUUGGAACAAUAUCUGACCCUGUUCACUCUCUCAACUCUCCUCACUAAUUAAAGUGGCAGGUUAGUUUCAAAAUCUGAUUUAUAUAGACUUUCCCUAACAUCUGGGGAAAUAAGCAUACUCUAUGACAUGCAUAUUAAAAGUAUGGUAUAAAUGUUAUUUGAGUGAAAUUACUGUAUACAGUGUUAGGACAAAUGGCACAUCCUAAAUUAUUAUGGUCUGCUGCGAAUAUUAAAAUCAGUUAUAUCAAUAUCAGGCAUUUAUUACAUGAAACUGAUAUUAAUGUCCAAAAUCUAAUAUACUUAACAAUUUUGUCUUAUUUUGUGAUUACAUUUCAGUUGUGCACUCUGAAUCUAAGUAGUAUUUAGAGUUGUUUUAAGUAAUUGUAUCAAUGAAAUGCAUUUUGAUGUCCUGAUGGCAAAUGUGUUUACAAGUGUAAUUAAAUCAGUAUGCUUGUUAAAAAAAGGUACAGUAAAAUAUUUUGUGCUCUUUUUUUUAUUUUUAGAUAAACGUGUGGUCACAGAAAUUGAAAAACAAUGUGAGAAUUUUUGUUACUCAAUGUUAUUGCAGCACUUAAUAUUUUCUUCUGCCUAGUUACUGUGGCAAGUUUACAGGUAUAAAUGUAAGGUAGUGUGGCUAUAUUAAUAUGAUAUAUUUCUGCUAGUGGGCAGUUUUAUGUUGGUACUGAAAAUACCAAGUACAUUUAGGUUUAACAUUUAACAAUUUACUGAAUUCCAUAAUAUUAAUAUAAAUAAAGAAUACCUUUUUCAAUUAUAAUGAGUCCAAGUGUUCCACUGAGAAUAGGAUGUUUUGUUUAGCAAAUGUAACUAUACCUAGCUCAGCACUGAUCAGUGGUCACGUGUGCUAACAUCAUGGUGUCAUUAAUAUCCCUACCAAAAUUCUUAUUGUAAAAAAUAAAAUAAAAAAAAAAGUCUUCAAAAACA